CCGUGAUCAAACGGUUUCAGUUUCCCAGUCCUUCAACACACUGUGAAAGUUACAGUGCUUUAUAGCAUUUGCUCACUUGGGGAAAUCCAGAAAGUUUCCCAGGGUUGAAAGAGGAAAUAAAAACAAGUGUCAGAGCCUGUCCACACACAGUGAGCAGCGAGAGCAGACAGGAAACAAGCCUGCACGAUGGCCUCAGAUAUCGACAUGCCUGGCCCUGUGUGCCUCAUUAAGAAUGUGAAAGGACAGCUGAUAGCCAACCAGGAAGCCCUGAGCAUCCUGUCUGCCAUCCAGAAGCCAGUGGUGGUGGUGGCGAUUGUGGGCCUCUACCGCACAGGCAAAUCCUACUUGAUGAAUAAGCUGGCUGGGAAGAAUACAGGCUUCUCUCUGGGCUCCACCGUGCAGUCUCACACCAAGGGUAUCUGGAUGUGGUGUGUGCCGCAUUCCCAGAAGACAGACCACACCCUGGUUCUGCUCGACACUGAGGGCCUGGGAGACGUGGAGAAAGGUGACCCUGAGAAUGACUGCUGGAUCUUCGCCCUGGCUAUACUUCUAAGCAGCACUUUUGUGUACAACAGCAUGGGGGCCAUCAACCAGCAGGCGCUGGACCAGCUGCACUAUGUGACAGAGCUGACAGACAGAAUCCAAACCAGAUCGUCCCCUGACGAUGAUGACCUGGAGAAUUCAGCUGAGUUUGUGAGCUUCUUCCCAGACUUUGUAUGGACUCUGAGAGACUUCUCUCUGGAGCUGAAAGUAAACGGGGAACCUAUCUCGGCAGAUGAAUACCUACAGAAUUCCCUGAGGCUUCUUCAAGGCAUCAGUCAAAAAGAAAAACAGUUUAAUAUGCCUCGGCUCUGCAUCCGCAAGUUCUUCCCAAAGAAGAAAUGCUUUGUCUUUGAGCGGCCAGCUCACGGGAAGCAGCUCAACCAGCUAGAAUCGCUGCAGGAUCAAGACCUGGAUCCCAGCUUUGUGGAACAAGUGGCGCAGUUCUGUUCCUAUGUGUUCAGCUGCUCCGAGGUUAAAACUCUUUCAGGAGGCCUCAAGGUCAAUGGACCACGACUAAAGAGUUUGGUGACAACCUAUGUGAACACCAUCAGCAGUGGGGGUCUGCCCUGCAUGGAGAAUGCUGUCCUGGCUUUGUCCAAGAUAGAGAACUCAUCCGCAGUACAAAAGGCCAUCACCUACUAUGAGCAGCAGAUGAGCCAGAGGGUGCAGCUGCCCACAGAGACCCUCCAAGAAUUGCUGGACCUGCACAGGACCUGUGAGAGAGAAGCCAUCAAGAUCUUCAUGGACAAUUCCUUCAAAGAUAUUGAUCAAGUGUUCCAAUCAGAAUUAGGGACCAAAUUGGAAACAAAACGGGAGGAAUUCUGUAAGAAGAAUGUACAGGCAUCCUUAGACCACUGCUCAGCUCUGCUUCAGGAAAUUUUCAGUGCACUGGAAGAAGAUGUGAAGCAGGGGGUUUAUUCUAAACCUGGGGGUUACAGUCUUUUUAUCCAGAAGAGAGAGAAGUUGAAGAAAAAGUACUAUGAGGAACCCAGAAAGGGGGUGCAGGCUGAAGAAGCUCUCAAGACAUUUUUACAGUCCAAGGAGGAUGUGGCUGAUGCAAUUCUACAGACAGACCAGACUCUGACAGAAAAGGAAAAGCAAAUUGAAGUGGAGCGUGUGAAAGCUGAAGCUGCAGAGGCUGCCUCAAAACAACUGGCGGAGAUGCAGGAGAAGAAUAAUCAGUUGGCAAAGGAGAAAGAGAAGAGUUACCAGGAGCAUGUGGAACAGUUGACUGAGAAGACAAAGCAGGAACAGGCCCAGGAGUUGGAGGAGCAAGCGAGGAUCUUUAAGCUCAAAUUUGAGGAACAGGUCCAGCUACUAACAGAGGGAUACCAGAAGGAGAUAAAAAAAAUGCAAGAUGAAAUGAUUUGUCUCCAGAACAGGAAACCAAAGCGCAAAUGGUAUAAGCUAAAGUUUUAAGAAGAGCAGCAUCCACCGUCCUGCCACUAAAGCAGAGCUGAGCAGGCUAUAGAAUUGGGAACAAGUGUCACUUCAGUUGAUAAUAAAUGGGUCCUGUGUCAGAAAACUAGAAAUCUGCACAGAUGUGCACUGAGAUCAUUGAACUCAUGUUUAUCUUCCUAUAAGAUUGUAUGCAAAGAAUGUCAUUGGUUCUCUGCCGUGGGAGAGGGAUCAACAGACUGCUCUGAAGAAAGCCACUUUUCCAGAUGAUCUCCAGGAGACAAGCAGACACUAAGCUCACUCUUAAAUCCUGCCACAUAAAGGAAUCAAGGUGUCCAGGGUGUGAUGGGUCUGAAGGACAGAGAUAGCUUCACCCCUUACUGGAGACAAAGUAAAGUUCUCCAUCAUUUCAAAGGUGCUCAAUCUUUGCUGAGUGGCAGUGAUUUAUGAAGACUGGUAAUGAAUAGCCCUAUCAACACACUUCAUCAUAAAUAAUGCCUCUUGCCUGGAGAUCUAGAACCCUAAUAUAUAAUAUCCUCAGGAAGACUGAAGACGCCAUUAGCAUGACAAAGAGCUGGAUCACAGAUCUAUGAGAUGAAGAAGAAGGGCAAACAAUGAAGAAAGAAUUAGUCCAGGUCAUGUA